UGAAAAACAAUGAAAUAUUUAAUAACUGUAACCAAAUAUAUAUUAUAAAAAUCAAUUUAGUGUUAUUUCACAAAAAUAUGAGAAUAUAACAAAAAUUUUCACUUACAAUCAAUAAUGUUAGCGUCGUGCUAAAGCUCUGGGGAGUAUCGGCAGUGUUCGCCAAUUGUGAUACACGCCUCCUUUGUGUUUCUAUCUCACUCGUACAAGCCUGCAACAGACAGAGAAACGACUUGCUAUAUAAUCGCUUUUCUCAGUGGAAAAUCAUCAUUCACGUUAGAGAGCUAUUAGUAUGCGCUAAAAUUCUCGACACUUUCAAAACACCAUGGACAAGUCACACCGUGCAUCCUUCAACUCCAACUCCAACUCCUCGCAAAUGUUCAUCUUGCCAGACGGCCCGCCUCCGGAGAGGGAACUCAACUUCUGGGAGCAGCAGCAGCAGCAGAAGCGCCGCAGCACGACUACAACAUCAGCUGUCGCCUCCACCUCUGCUGCUGCCGCCACCUCCUCCUCAGCCUCAACCUCAGAUCCCUUGAAGGAACAAGGGAUCUUCGUCCAAGAUGAGGAUUCCAGCAUCAUCGUGGGAGACAGUACCCCUCCGACGCAAGCAACUUGGGCGCCACGACGAGCGGCCCUCACAUCGGUACCCGCCCCCAAGCAGUCUGUCAAGAGGAGGCUGUUUUUCGACGACGAUGAGGAGCCCGGCGUCCUCACUCAAUCGAAGAAACGUGCGGUGGAAGAGGAUGAGGAGGACAGCUCCAUAAUGACGCUGUUACAGCAGGAGGAGGAUGAAAUUCUCCCCGAGGAGCACUUCCUCACUGUCAUCAAUAGGUACGCCCCGAAACCCUGGAUUCCUCUAAGAGAGUUGAUGGAGGGUACGCCUUACCCUAUUGAGGACGUGAGGGAGGUCUGCAAUCAACAUGGACGUCGCGUGGUGCUCAAGAUCCGGCUGUCAGGUCAGAGAACAACAGAUGUUUACAUACCUGAACGUUUCACGCUGAUCUUGACCCCCAAAGACGUCCAAAAUUUUAAAAGUAAAUGUAAAUCAUUGUUACUGUUUGUCAAACAUAUUAAUCAGUACAUGACCGACAUCAACAUUGUCAAAAUGCAUAAAAUUUAAAUCAUGAUAAUUAUAUUACCAUUUAACAUUUUAUGAAUUUUAUUAUUACUUAUUUUGUUAAUAAUCUUGUAACAAAUUUUCGGACUUGACAUUGCAUCGCCUUUCGGCAUAUAUUUUCGG